UGCUUCCCCCAGGAGACUCUCGCGCCUUCCGCAGGCGCACACACGGGGUGGUGCCUCGAAUGCCUCUGUAGCCAGGGCGGGUUUAAAGAAUAAAAUACAACAACGGACUAGUCACGGUGCUAACUAAAAGUUGAUGGAUGGUGCCUGCAGCGUGUGACCAAAGAAACACAAAAUAGAGCAGACGGGUACUAAGGAAAAUGUUUCCCCUCAGGACUUGGUAGGAGAAAAAAAUGCUCCCACUUAAAUACGUGUGGAUGUGGUUCUGCACAAAGUGCCAGCAUACCUCUGGGGCAGCUUUCUCGUGUCCAGCACUCGUUUCCUCCAGCAGGAGUAAUAUUCCUUCUAAAGAGCUAAUCAGUAGAUGGAUAUAGUUUAAAAUGCCAAUAUAAACAUCACCCGAACUUUUACUGAUCUGUUUUCUCUUUAGUGCACAGUUAAUUUUCUUCAAAAUGCCCAACUCUAAUGGCAGAUCUCACCGUGGCCAUCGAGGUAGUCGAAAAGCUGGCAGACAUGAACUGGUUUCCACAUCUUUACAGAGUGCUCAGCAUUGUCUGGAAGAUCAGGAUUUUGGAACUGCAUAUGCCCACUACCUCCUGGUACUAAAUCUAGCUCCUGAGCUAAAAAGUGACAUCAGGGAAACUUUUCAAUUUACCCUCUUCAAAUGGGCUGAAGAGCUAGCUUCUCUUGCACGGAUUCAAGAUUUAUUUAACUGCUAUGAACAGGCUCUGGAACUGUUUCCUAAUGAUGAAGUAAUAUGUAAUAGUAUGGGGGAACAUCUCUUCAGAAUGGGCUUUAGAGAUGAAGCAGCUGGAUAUUUCCACAAAGCACUGAAGCUAAAUCCUGACUUUGCUGAUGCAAAGGAGAAUUUUUACCGUGUUGCAAACUGGCUGGUAGAACGUUGGCACUUUAUUAUGCUUAAUGACAUCAACAGGAAUCUAAUUUAUCAGAAAGCCAUUGAGAAGGUGGUCCACUCUGGUUGCAGAACUGUUCUAGAUAUUGGAGCAGGAACAGGAAUACUCAGUAUGUUUGCCAAGAAGGCUGGAGCACCUUCUGUCUAUGCUUGCGAGUUGUCAAAGACCAUGUAUGAACUUGCUUGUGAUGUGGUGGCAGCAAAUAAUAUGGAAGGAAAGAUCAAACUUCUGCAUAUGAAGUCUCUUGAUAUAGAAAUUCCAAAGCACAUACCUGAAAGGGUUUCUCUGGUUGUCACAGAAACUGUAGAUGCAGGUUUGUUUGGAGAAGGGAUUGUGGAGAGUUUGAUACAUGCUUGGGAGCAUUUGCUUUUACAACCAAAGCCUAAAAAUCGAGACUUUGGCACAGAAGACUAUGGUCAAGUUAUUCCUGCAGGUGCUAUUUUAUUUGGGAUGGCAGUGGAAUGCAAAGAGAUACGCAGACAUCACAGGGUGAGAAUACAAGAAGUUGCCUGUGUGCAUUUGGCAGAAACGGUAGAGUUCUGUAGUCCAAUUCAUGCUUCUGUGAACUCGGAAGAAACUAUUGAACCUUACACCACUGAAAAACUCAGUAGAGUUCCUGGGGGGUAUAUGCCUCUAACAGAACCCUUUCAAGUCAUGACAGUGGAUUUCAACAAUCUGGAGGAAUUGAAAAGCCUGGCAACUAGGAAGCCUUGCAAGAUCAGCAUACCUGUCACUCAAGAAGGCAUGUUGGAUGCUAUUGUGGUCUGGUUUGUACUGCAGCUUGAUGAUGAGCACAGUCUGUCUACAAGUCCCAGUGAGGAAACUUGCUGGGAACAAGCAGUCUACCCUGUGGAGGGCCUUCCUGAUUAUUCAGUAAAACCUGGAGACACUGUGAUGAUGGAAGUAUGCUGCCAAGAUUGUUACUUGAGGAUCCAGAAGAUUUCUGUUUUGACUUCAGAGUACGUGAUGGACACUGAAAGGGAGAAUACACUGGCUUUGGGCAAUGAGGCUGAACUAUGUAGUGCUCUGGCUGGUCUUAAAACUACUAGUAUGGAAUCCACUGAAAUUGCACUUCUGAACAAUGUGCCAUACCAUGAAUGCUUUAAUACUGCUAUUGGCAAAGUGCUGUCAUCCUUGAUCCCAUGGAAAGAAUCUCAGGCAAUGGAUGUUGAUGGUCGUGGCAGUCAGAUGAAUUUUGAAGAGAGUCAAAACAAGAACACAUAUUCAACUCAUGACCCUUUAUAUGUAUUAGAUGUGUCUGAGGGUUUUUCAAUUCUGCCAAUAAUUGCUGGCAAACUUGGGCCAAUUAAAGCUUACAGUUCUGUUGAAAAAGAGCAGCAUCAAAGAGCCCUAAACAUAAUUUCAGAAGCCAACCAUUUCCCUAAAGAUACAUUAGAGUUUUGGCUCAGCCACGUGGAAGAUGAGAAUGUGGUGUUACAGAGACCCAAAUCAGACAAACUGUGGAGUAUUAUAAUUCUGGACGUCAUAGAGACUUCAGGUUUAAUCCAGCAGGAGGUGAUGGAAAAGGCAGCAAUAUCCAGGUGUUUGCUUCACUCUGGAGGAAAGAUAUUCCCACAAUAUGUGGUGAUGUAUGGGAUGCUCGUAGAAUCGCAAUCCUUAGUACUUGAAAGUGCAGUUCAAGGGACUGAACCCACACUUGGGUUUAAUAUAGCACCUUUUAUCAACCAGUUCAAGGUGCCUGUUCGUGUGUGUUUGGAUCUUUCCACAUUACCAUGUAUGCCCUUAAGCAAGCCAGCAGCGCUUCUAAGACUAGAUCUCAUGCAUCCCUAUUUGAACAGCUCCAAAAGAGAAGUAAAGGUGCAAGUUUGUAAGUCUGGCCAAGUCACUGCUAUCCCAUUUUGGUAUCAUAUACAUCUAGAUGAUGAUAUUUAUUUGGAUACAUCGAGUGAUUCCUCCCACUGGAAACAGGCUGCAGUUGUUCUUGACAAACCCAUCCUAGUUCAACUUGGAGAUGAACUUGUGCUCAGCAUUCAGCACUAUAAAAGCAGUGUCAGCAUCACAGUAAAACAGUGAAGAGUAGUCACCAGGAAACUGGUUCACAAGUUGAAAUCAGAAAAUGAUCUUGGCUUAAAUCUAAUUAUCUAUGCAUGCUAGCAGAAUGGAUCAGUACUUGAGAUGUUAAAUACAAUAUGAGCCUAAAACAUAGGUUUUAUGUAUUGGUCCAAAAGGGGUUUUUAUUAUUGAUUAAAAAAGUGUUUUUGAUGAGGACCUACUGAUGGAAGUACAAGUGAUUGUGCAUUUUGAACUGUUAUGGUGAAGUCAUAUCUUGUUCUGUAGCAGGAAAUUUCAUUAACUGAAUUGAUUACUUUAUUUCUAAUUUUCCAUUGUGCAAGCUACAGAGGAAGCUGUUACUUCUAUGGCAGGCAUACUCAGAUACCUUAGCAGUAAGCACUGUAUAAACAUCUACAUUCAUAGAAUGCAAUCUUAUGAAACUAGAUCCUUCCCUCAAUCCCCCACCUUUUGUGGCAACUAUUUUAAGUUACACUAAGAUUUAUUAAGGAGGCAAUUUUAAAAUAAACUCAUGAGUACCAUGUGUGACUACAGUCCCUCCUCUGAAACUGUUUGUUUCCUUGGUUGUAGGCUCCACUGAUUUUGUUCUUGAGUCAGUGCUACCCCUACAAUUGCAGCAGCAUAAGUUUGAUCACAGGAGAACUUAACUCUAAAGCAGUGGUCUCCAACCUUUUUACACCCAAGAUCACUUUUUAAAUGUCAGGGCAAGCCAAGAUCUACCCCAUCCCUUCCCCAAGACAACACCCCUUCCUUGAGGCCCUGCCCUCUGUGUUUCCCUCCUCUCCAUCACUUGCUGUCCCCAGGCUUUACUCACUGGGUUAAGACAGAUGGUGUGUGCUCUGGGGUGGAAAGGAGGGAUUUGGGUGUGGGAAGGGGUGAGAGGUACAAACUCGGGGAGGGAAUUUGGGUUCAGGAGGUGAUGGGGAUGCUAGCUCAGGGAUGUGAGGAGUUCAGGUGUAUGGUGGGCUCACGGUUGGGGUCUGCGAGAGGUACAGGAGCAUUGUGAUGCUGCAGCCAGAUGGGGGCUUGGCCACCAGUCUUCAUUUUUAAAUAAAAUGUCAAACACAC